AUGAGCACACAAGGGGAGAACCACAAACCACUGAGUUUCAGACGAUACACGUCGAGCCCCUCCAACAAGCGAAUAAAGCUACCAAAACUCGAGAUUGAUCCGGUCCAUAUUCAUGAUCUAGAGGACCAGUUCCGACAUUCGAGUCUCGAACCAAACCCCGAUCUUUUUCUCGAGUCCCCGUCCGACACAUCGACCUCCGCAAACUCUCCUUUGAGAACCCCGCCGGACGAGCAGUUCACCUACGCCGCAAACAACAUUUACGAUUGCUUUCUACGACGCGACUCCACCCAGUCCAUCAGCUUUGGCAGCCUGUGGUCUUCGGAAUUCGGCCCGCACAGAUCCUUCACCACGCUUUCGUCGCCCGGAAGCAACAUCUAUAGACAUUCCGAGCCCAACCCGAAUGAUAAUAAGCCGAGGAUUUCCGAGGAGUUGCUCACGCCAACCUGCGACCCAGCGCCCAACCAGUACAAAUUUUCGCACGACCAGGUCAAACGUCUCAUCAGAGAGAUCCAUGGCGUCAAGUACGUGCACGAGGAUCUGCCCAUCCCUACCUCCAUCAGAGAGGAAGACGAGGCCAUCAACGUUCUGGGCCAGCUCUCUGUCGCCAAGCUCAAGGGCCUCAACCAGAUGAAGAUCAUACAGUGGUACUGUUGCCAGUGUGGCAAGAGCUACGGCGAUCUAGACCAUUUUGUCGUGGAACGCAGCCAGCUGAAAAACGCGGGCCCCAACGUUUCUGACGACGAAUACUGGAAUUCCAUUGCCGACCAGCUGCUGGCGAAAACCAUUAAUCGGUUUGAUUGCAAUCGCUGCAACCACAUGAUGUGUCCCUACUGCAUAAAAGCUCGAGUCAGCGACUUGCUGAACAAAUCAUGA